GAUAGGGCAACAAAGAGUUAAACAAUAUACUGAUAUGCUGGUGAGAUCAUCAGAGCUGGGAAGCACUCCAUUGUUUAUUAGACUCAACAGAGCCCAGUAGACAAUAUCCACAGGGAUGUGGGGCUUGGGGUGAGCCUGGCUUAGAAGAGCAGGAUCUUCUGCUGCAUCCUGUCCCACUGCCACUGAAGCGGAUAACCAUCCCUCAUCACUCACUCUAGCAGAACCUGCUCAGCCCGGCAGGAUCCAGCCCUCCCAGGGCUGACACACAGGAGCAGAAAGCUGGAUUCUCUGAGCCGCUCCUAUUGUGCCUGCAGGAGCCAGUGGCUGGGUUUCUCUGCAGCGUGCUCAGGGGAUGUUUAGUGCAACUGGCCGCCUCACCUCCAGCAGCGAGCCACCACACCUCGGUGACAGCCAGGGCGACAGAAGCACAGCAUGGUCUCUUCCUCAGAUCCCGUUGCCAUGGAAAUUCCCCCCAAGAGCCCUGAUGGGAGUGAGAAGUCUCCUCAGUCCAAGGAGCUGCUGACCAGUAACACAGCCAGCACCCUCUGCAUCAGCUCCCGGAGCGAGUCUGUCUGGACCAGCACAUCCAGAAGCAAGUGGGACAUAUACCACAAGCCUGUCAUUGUCGUAUCUGUCGGAGCAGCUGUCUUUCUCUUUGGGAUGGUCAUCACCAGCCUGUCUUGCAUCCAAAUCAAAAACAAAAACGUUUACAAAAUGUGUGGCCCGGCUUUCCUGUCCUUGGGACUGAUGCUCCUCGUUUGUGGCCUUGUCUGGAUCCCCAUUAUCCGGAAGAAGCAGAAGCAGAGACAGAAGUCACAGUUUCUGCAGAGCCUCAAGUCCUUCUUCUUUAACCGCUGAGGGCAGUCCAUGACCUUCCCGGCAAGGGUCCCCUCCCCUCUACCCACUUGUACUGGUUAGACAUCAAAAGAAACAAGUUCUUGUACUCUCCUAGAGGAUUUCAUCUCAGUAAGUCUCUUCCCUACAGUUGAAACACACUGUAGCAGUGUCCAGUGUAAAAAUGAACUUUGUAUUUCAUCCAAAUAAUCUCAGACAAAAAAAAAAAAAUAAAGAGAGAGCAGGAUUUUGCAGCUGAGACCAGCAAGGCAGGUCCAAGCUCUCUGUAUCACCCUCCUGUCCAACAAGCAACCCAACACCACAUAUUGGGAAAAGCAAAGCUCCUAAGUAACCUGGCUCCACCCAGCAGCUUCUGCAAGAUACCUCAGCAGAGAGAAGCCAACGGACUAGAGUGUGAGUAAAGCGUGGUGUGAACAUUGUGACUGCGAACUGCAAUUCAAAUGUAGAAACUUGGAGCUCAGAGAUGCUUCAUCUAGAGUUAGAGGAGAGGAGAAGCAGGACAAUGUUAUUCCAGACCGUUUUGUAUCAGAGGAGGCCACCAGAACAGACAACACACACCACCAAAGCUUGGGAGAAUGAGACAUGAUGCUCAUGGCUAGAACUUCCCUGUCAUGAAUCUGCUACAGUGGCUGGCUGAGACAUGGCUGCAAACUGGAGCUCAAUCCUUGCCCAGUGUGGAGCAUUCACAGGCUUUAUUUUUUUGCUCCAAAGGGUCAAGGCAAGGAGCAGCAUCACAAGCAGCAUUUUUUUCCUCCCUCUGGCAAAGGAUGUUUAACAAAAGCUGCAGGGACAAAGUUGUUUUGCACUGAUGUUUUCUGCCAGAGCCACCCAUAAACCCUAACCAUCAGCUUAUUCACACAACCAGAAUUGGACUGCAGGCAAGAGAGACAGGUUCCUUGUCUCCACCCACUCCCUUUCUGCCUUUAAUAAAUGUGUGUCCUGAGGCAAUUCACCAAGGAAAGCAUGGAUCCUUUCUGCAUAGUUUUUGCUUUAAUUUCAUAUUUUCAGCAGGCCUGAUUUACUUUAAAAGACAAAUUUGAAAUACAAAUUCUCAGUCUGAAGAACUUAGUUUCAGUCUGGACAGCAAGAUCUAGAUUGAUAUAAAUAAGCCUGCAAUGUCCAGCUCCCAACUGUGGACGCAGGUGCUGAUAAAAGUCUGAUUUUUCAGAAGUGUUAAUCCACUCCGGAUCCCACAGCAGCCUUUUGUCAGUCCAUUGAGACUCCCCAGCAUGUCAAGCACUGUUCAAAGGCCCUAACACCCGCUGUGGGGUGAGGAUGUGGUCGGUGUUGAUCAGAAGCAGAAGAGGAACACAGAAGAGAAGACCCCAUGAAGCUCUUCUUUGUAGUCUGCCUCUCCGUGGGGAAGCCGAGGCAGCCCCGUUCCUCUGCUAAGUGCCAUGGGAGGCAGGGAGGCUGGCAGGGGAUGCUCUGAGAGAAUUUGCAAUGCAUUUGCUCUUUGGUUUCAGACAGACAGGGUAUGAUAACCUCCAUCGGCUGCUGAAGAGAGGAAGCUCAUGUAAUCCCUCUGCUUUCUCUAACCCACAUCUACCAACAGCUGCCAAGGAACCCUGGAGAAAAGCACAAGGAAUGGGACAUGCAGGCAAUAGUCCUCCCGGUUAACGUCCACCUUCCAGCUAACAGCAGUUCAGAGGAAGGCAGAGGUUGCUCCAGACCUCUGUUUAAUGGCCAACAAUACACCAAACACGCCCACCUCCUCCUGUGCUGCCCACUUUUUCAAACCAGUUUGUACUUUCAGUCUCUACAACAUCCUGGAGUCACAAUUCCUUCAAACUCUCCAAUUUUCCAGACACGCUGGAAGCUCUGCAUAACAUCAGGAGAUACAACAAAAGCAGAGGGUAACAGAUCCUGCUGCUCCAGGCCAGCAGGCAUCCAGGAGGUCAGUUAAUAGGGAGAUGUGUUCACUGUAGUCAAAGAUCAUGAAACUGUAGCUGUGGGAACUGUGCUCAGGGCCAAAAGUUAUUUCCCUGUGGGGAAAUAUUUAACCUCCUCCUGGCCAUCUCUGGCUGCACUCCCCUAUUUCUGAAUCUAGUGCCGCAUCAUCAUUCCUCCCUGCAAAUAUGGUCCAAGGCACCUGUGGCCCAAAACCUUCAAGUGGAAUAAUUUGUGCUCCCACAGACUGGCUAACAUUAACCGCAGAGCUCGGACUCACCUUGACACUGCUGCCAGGAUCCUAACAGGACCAAGGCUGGGCAGUGUCACGUGCCUGGAGAUCCCCUCCACCAGUGUUGGGAGAGCUUGAGGAGAUAACUCCCAGCCUGGCAGCUGACACAGCUGGAUUAUUGGAGCAAUGCACAUCCCUUUGCCCCAAGGUCAGCCUGGCCCUGAGUUAUGUUUCCUAGGUGGUGCAGACAUGUGUAUCCCCAGCCAGCCCCUGCCAGGUCUGUGAGUGGGGUGUACAAGUUGUAUGAUCUGGCACUGAAACCCCUAUUUGUUCCUCAGACAUUUAUCAUGCCAUGCAAAAUUUUGCUUGUUUUUGCAAUCCUGACUUGGCACUAGGCAGCAGUCCCCAUUGAUUUAGCUGCAGAGGAUGCUCACCCAAAACUCUUGCUUGGGGGGCAGCUGCAGUCAGAAGAGCAGACAAACGUCAGGACUCAUGAGAGGGAAAUCAUGGAGCAAUGUGAAGAACAUCACCAGGUCCCAACUGGCUGCAGCCUGCAGAUCUGCUCAGAGACGGAUAUCCUAAACCUGCACAGUCUGGAGGAGGUACCUGGAAAUGCAAACAGCUCUGUGGUGGCAAGAGACUGCCCAGCCUGGGCUAGCUGUCCAAAGGGAUGUGACAGGGGGACUGGAAGUACCAAACAGCCUGGAGAGAGGGAGCAGGGGUCAUGCUUUCCAUGUCUCAUGACGAAGGAUAAGGAGAUGGUCAGUGAAAUAUUAAUAUAAGAAGUCACUGAGACCAAGAAUUUAAUGGGAUUCCAGACUGGUCAUUUACAACAACAAUAUUAGGUUUAAUUAAAGCAAAAAUUUCCC